AUGUAAACAUAACCAAACUAGCUUAAUACACCUUCAACUUAAUUCACUUUACGAACUCCAGAAAAGAAUGUUAUUACAACACCUCAUUAAAUAGUGCUUUAUUUUUCUUAUUUUUUAGUAAAGUGAUAUCUAUACAAAUACUCCUAUAGAUUCAAGAAGAAUGAUUAUAUUCCCAUAAUAAUCAAACAAUUAUUUGCUAGGAACUCUCAUCCCUUAUUAAGAUGUUUAUGUUGAUACUCAUAAUCCUAUAUAAAAAUAACCAACUCUUUCUAUGGCAAAUAUUGAAGAAAAUCUUAAGAUAAUUACAUAGAAAUAUUAAGAAAUAUCUAAUUAAUUAAAAGUAGAAAAUCAAGAGCGUAUAGAUAUUGAAAACAAAUUUUAGUAAUUAUAAUCAUAAAACAAAGAGUAUUCAUAAAUCUAAUAAAAAUAGGUUAAAAGAAGAAUUAAUUAAAUAGAAACAAAUAUGUAAAUAAAUGGAGAAUUUUAGUAAAGAAUUGUAGUAAAAACUAUAAAAUUAAGUUACUAUGAUAUCAAGUCAUUCUUCUAUAGAAAAUUAAAAUUAACAGAAUGAUGUAAGAUAAAAAGAAAUCGAAAUAAUAGAAUUAAAAUAACAAUUAGAUAAUGAAAAACUUAAAUCAUCUAAUGAAUCAGAUAGAUUAAUGACAAGAUUCAAUAUCAUUUUUUAAGAAUAAAAAAACUUAAAUCAGAAAUUAUUAUAAGAAAACAUUGACUUAUAAAAAAUACUACGUUAAAUUGAUAAUAAUUAGAAGAUAUCCUAAAAAUCAACAUCUAAUUUAUUGGAUGAAUCACAACUCAAAACACUUGUAGAACAAUUUUACUUUGAUAAUAAUGAAGAAUGUUUACUUAAUAUUCCUAAUGAAUAAUAAUUACAAGCAAUUAAAAUUCUUAAGUUAAUUUCUACAUCAUAGAAUUAAAAUUAAUAGAAUCCUCCAAUUAAGUAGAAAGAAGAAGGUAAAACAGAAAGUAAAUUGAAUAUCAAAUAAGAACUUAAAGAAAAGCAGGAGUAAUUAAUAGCAGAGAUUAAGAAUAAAAUGGGUAAAUUUAUUGAGUAAAAGGUAUAUUGGUUUGUAUUAUUUAAGAAUGUUUAAUAGAAAGACAUAAUGAAGUUUUAAAAUGAGUCAGAAGAACUAAAAAGAUAAUUGAAUUAAAUAGAAAAUUUGAUAUUUGAAAUGGAGUAAAGUCCUAAGCAUAAUCCUAAUAAAAAUAGUUGUGUUUCAUUUGAAAAUAAUAAUUUUUAUUGA